GGGCAAAAUGGUACAAGCAACAAAGUUUGGAGGCAUUGUUUAACGACUUGUCGUCACAUACAGGCGGCCGAGAGAUUCCAAUUUCAGGUACAGGAAAAGACGGAUAUGGCUUCGCUACCGUACCCCGACGUGGAUUUCAGCCUGAGAUCAAUGGCCGGUCGGGCCGAGGGCUUUGGCCGGUUCGCCAUCGGAGGCCUCAACGGGCCGGUCUAUUUCGUCACCACGUUGGCAGAUGAUGGUCCAGGCUCACUUCGUGAAGGAUGCCGAAAACAAGAACCACUCUGGAUUGUCUUUGAGGUUUCUGGCACCAUUCACCUUUCAUCUUACUUGAGCGUGUCGUCUUAUAAGACAAUUGAUGGACGAGGUCAGAGGAUAAAGCUCACAGGAAAGGGACUUAGGCUGAAGGAAUGUGAGCAUAUAAUUGUAUGCAACCUCGAGUUUGAAGGUGGUAGAGGACAUGAUGUUGAUGGCAUUCAGAUUAAACCGAACUCUAGGCACAUAUGGAUAGACCGAUGCAGCCUUCGUGAUUAUGAUGAUGGACUCAUAGAUAUCACCAGACAAAGUACAGACAUAACUAUCUCUAGAUGUUACUUUGCACAACAUGACAAGACGAUGCUUAUUGGAGCAGACCCCUCGCAUGUUGGUGACAGAUGCAUUCGGGUGACAAUCCAUCAUUGUUUUUUUGAUGGAACAAGGCAAAGACAACCUCGUCUUAGAUUUGGGAAAGUUCAUCUUUACAACAAUUACACUCGAAACUGGGGUAUAUAUGCUGUUUGCGCCAGCGUAGAAUCCCAGAUAUACUCUCAAUGCAACAUUUAUGAAGCAGGAAAUAAGAAAAAGACUUUCGAAUAUUAUACAGAAAAGGCAGCAGACAGAGAAAUGGCAAAGUCCGGCUUCAUAAUAUCCGAGGGCGAUCUAUUCCUCAAUGGAGCUCAACCAUGCACAUUGACAGGGUUCAGUGAAGAAUGCCUGUUCCAUCCAAGUGAAUUUUAUCCACAUUGGACUAUGGAAGCAGCCUCAGAUUCUCUUAAAGCCAUUCUCCAAAUUCUUACUGGCUGGCAAUCCAUUCAUCGGCCAGCGGAGCAGGCGGUAACUGUAUAAUUUUAUUUUAUCACUACGUCUGUAACAGGAUUUUAUAGGUUCUAUCACAGAAUAGUCUUUAAUUUUAUUUUUUUUAAUAAACUCCAUCAGAUUUGCUAUCUGCCCUUGUAAUACUUACGAGUUUACAGACAGAACCUAUCAAUUAUGAUAAGCACUCCAUAAGACACAUGCCAUGUUUACAAUGCUUGUUCUCAUAUAAAGAUGUAUUUCCAGAAUAA